GUUCAGUCCAGUCGCUCAGUCAGGAAUAAACUGCGACUCGUCGACAGACGAAAAAUGUCAGAUGAAGACUCCCCUUCGGAAUCGACCUCGGACGCUCAAGUGUCCACCCCUGGGCCGUCGUCAGGGUGCAAGAAGGGACCCGAAAUGAACUACGAAAAGCGUCGGCUCGAGACAUUCCAAUCGUGGCCCCCGAACGCGGCCGUGGACUGCGGAAAGAUCGCCAAGGCUGGCUUCUACUACACGGGCAACGAGCUCGAGGUGCAGUGUUUCAGCUGCAACAGGACUCUUUCCAACUGGGAAUACAAUGACCAGGUGAUGGUGAAGCACAGAGCCCUGAAUCCGGAGUGUCCCUUUGUGAUAAAUCCAUUGGAGUGUGGGAACGUUCCGAUUCUGCGGCGGGAGUCUUCAGCAGGGUUUUCGCAGGCCCAGGUGGACUAUCGAAUCGAGUCCGAGAGGCUCGCGUCCUACCGAGGGUGGUCGUCGCCGCACGUCACGCCUGAGGCGCUCGCCAGAAACGGACUGUACUACCUCAGAGAAGGAGAUAAGGUGGCUUGUGCCUUUUGCUCGGUACAGAUUUACAACUGGAAAGCGGGUGACGAUCCAAUUCGGGAGCACCGGGGAUUCAGUCCAAAUUGUCCACUGUUGAUGGGCUACAUGGUUGGCAACGUUCCUCUUGACGAAACGGGCAGUGGUGUCCUGAUUGACCACGGCGAGGACGACGACAAUUACGAAAUCGUAUCUACCUCCUCUGACGAUGACGACGACGAAGAAGGCGGAGACGUGUACGGCAUUAGAAACCCACCAGGCCAACUGAUCAUCCACCCUUUUUCAGGUCCUGAUGAGUUGUCGCCUGUAAACAUGGACAAUGUUGAGCUCUCCAACAAUCCGAGGUUUGGCGCUGUGGCCCACCGGCCGCCCAUCCACCCGAACUACCAGACCGUGCAAGCGAGGCUGGCUUCGUUCUCUGGCUGGCCCAGGGCGACGCCCACGCCAGAUGCCUUGGCAGCUGCAGGAUUCUUUUACCAAGCGAAUUCUGAUUCAGGCAUGAACGAUCACGCGAGCUGCUUCCACUGCAACGGCGGCCUGCACAACUGGGACCCGAUGGACGACCCGUGGAUGGAGCACGCCCGCUGGUUCUCGCUGUGCCCCUACAUUAACAUCACCAAGGGGCAGGACUACGUGAAGGAGAUGGUGCGCAACAAGCCUCCGAUUAUAUCCGUCGCCGAACUAAACCUCCAGCCACCACCACCUCCUGCCAACGGUGGCGUACAGCCAGAAAACCAGCCUGAGGAGUCGAGGAAUAACGUUGCGGAGGAGGAGCAGGAGGAGGAACAGGAGAACGGACAAGCUGAGAGGGAGAACGAGGAGGUGGUUGGAGCCGCCGCCACUGCCGCGGCCCUAGAGGAAGAAGGCGUGCGCGCGAAUGACGAAGACACUGAGACUGAAGCCAAAAAUGCUGAAAACUGCGAGGCGAGCCACAGAGACAGAGACAAAGAAGAAACGCGCGAACCGCCUACGAAGGACGAAGAAGAACCGAAGGAAACAGAAGUGGACAAGUCGACCACGAACGAAGCCCACUUGUGCAAAGUGUGCCUGGAUGAAGAUGUCGGUGUGGUUUUCCUGCCGUGCGGACACCUGGUCACUUGCGUUCAGUGCGCUCCGAAUCUGAGCCUCUGUCCGGUCUGCCGGAAGGAAAUCAAAGCCUCUGUUAGAACUUACUUCUCGUAAAGCCUCUGUCAGAAGGGUUCCGAAUUUUCCCCUCCCGAAUUUUCCCCACUUGGUUUUUCUCGGUUUUAACCAGGCCAAAAAAGCCAAAUAAAAUUUUACCCAAGGCUCCCAUAUUUUCAGUAUCAAAAAUAUAAAAAUUGUGUUUUUUAGCCGUUUUUAACGCUAAUAAAGGUUCUGAAGUUUUGCGCGUUGCAAAAUUGGCCAGCCCUGGGGUAUGGGGAGUAAAUUUCUUCGUUUCUUAAAAAAUGCAGUGAAAAGAAAAUCUGAAAAACCCAUAUUACCCCCAAUAAAAAUGUAAAAUGUAAAAAACCCGGGUUUUUCGGAACCCUGUCUGUCAGAAAAAUCCAAAGAAUGUCGACUGAAUUUUUGAGUUUGCUACACUGUUUAGUUUUAAAUGUACGAGUCAAUUACAUCAUUCCUUUCAUUUUGUAUUCUUUUUUCCACUUUAGCGUCUUUUUAAGUGCUCAAGCCAUACCUCAUUUAAUCCAGGUCUAAGCACAAUAUUUAUUAUUUCUUAUCUUUGCGUGAAUUACUAAUUACAGUGUGAUAAUGGAUGAGAUUAGGUGAAGAAUAUACAUAGGUUGAAUGCCGUAAUAAUUUAAAUUAUUCUGGGUUAAUCUAGUCACGGAUCUCGCUACAAUUGCAUUGAACCUGAGUUAAUACAAAGCAGGCUAGUGGCCUCAUUAUCAUUCGAAUGCAGUGCCAAAAUAUUAUUGUAUCUGCAUUCUGCCUUAAUUUUGCAUAUAUAAAUUGAAAAAGGACGAACAGUUCUUGGGUUUGCUUAAUUUUUACCGUCAGAAACGAGAGGGAUUUAGAUAUUUAGAUCCUAGAAUUUGUGUAGCUUCAAGAAAGUGUUUAAAUAAUGCUUUUUGUGUAUUUAAUUUUAAAUUAGUUUUACAAAAACCCUUCUGGAUGCAACUUUUAAAAUUAAUAUUUAUAUUGCUUGAAUUGCUUGUAAGGAAUCAAGCGGAAAUAAACUUUUCAUUAAUACUGCAUA